AUGAGUACUGUAACAAAGAAUGGUAAAGCACUACCACAACCAUCAUACCAAAACUACUUUGAAAGAUUCAAUGAGAGAUUAGGAGCAGUUGGGUGUCGAUGCGGUCUAAGUGCAUACGGUAUGGCCGACAAUAGAAUAAAGUACUUUGCAUUGGAAGAGUGUGUCAUCAAUGCAAAGGUCAACGAUCUCUACUCGACCUCGAUCAUUCGACAAACAUUCCUCAACAAGCUGACGGUGCCUGUAGAGGCGAGCUAUCGUAUCCCGCUACCUCCCAACACUAGCGUCACCGACUUUGUCGUCACCUACCAGAACCAACGUCUCCAAGGUGCCAUCAAGACCAAAGAUGACGCAUUCAACACGUUCUCUGAUGCUAUUGCCAACGGGUAUCAAUCGUUUUUGGCCGAAGUAGACGACUCGACCUUUGUCAUCUCGAUUGGUAAUAUCCCACCACCCUCUAAUCCAAUGUCAAAGGAAUUGAGCAGUGACAAUACUGUCACCAUUGAAACGACUAUUCAAAGCAUGCUAGGUACUCAGACCAACGACCUGCACUACUACAUGCACAAGUGUUUCUUCCCAACCUCUCAAUACUCUCCCAACUUUUCAUUGACUAUGAAUGUCCAAGUAGAGCUUUCCUCUCCCAUCCAAAACAUCCUUGUUCAGCCGUACAAACACAACACCGUCAUUGAAGGCAACAAAGCGACGAUUACAGUCACCAAGACAACCUCUGUACUCGCCACCUUUUUAUUGUCCAUCACUCCAUCAUCCAAUCAACAGAAACCUCUCUACCACAUGGAAUACAAUCCAACCACCAAAUCAACUGCCCUAGGUAUUACCUUUUACCCUCAAUUUGAUCAUCUUUCAAUUGAUGAUAUUCAAACUAAAGGUGAAUUUAUAUUUUUAAUUGAUUGUAGUGGAUCAAUGGCAGGAUUUACAAUUGAAAAGGCAAAGAAAACAUUACAAAUAUUGAUGCGUAGUUUACCUACCAAUUCAUACUUUAAUAUCUAUUGUUUUGGUGGUACCUAUAAAUCUCUAUUUCAAACAUCCGUCUUGUACGACGACGAUAAUCUAGCAGCUGCAUCGGAAUACAUUAGUUCUAUCGAUGCCAAUAUGGGUGGUACUCAAUUAAUAUCACCUUUAAAAAGAAUUUAUGAUUUUGAAACUUUUCCAAAUCAUCCAAGACAAAUAUUUAUUAUUACUGAUGGUGAAAUUCCAAAUAGAGAUUAUGUAAUUGAUUUUGUAGCAUCUAAAAGGGAUGUAUCUAGAAUCUUUACGGUUGGAUUAGGUAGUGAUGUAGACAAGGCAUUAGUGACUGGUCUGUCAAAUGUUUGUGGAGGGUAUUACGAGUUGGUGACUAAUAAUGCUACAAUGGAAACUCAAGUACUUUCAUUGAUGGCUCGUUCAGUCGAACCUGCUCUAACCAAUAUUAAAAUUGAUUGGAAAGAUUUACAACAAAAGUUUAAAGACAGUAAUAAUAAUAAUAAUAAGGGAGAGAUAUUGAUAUCACCACAAACACCACCAUUUAAAAUUAGAACAGCAUUUAAUAAUGAACGUUUAAUGCUUUAUUAUUUGAUUGAAAAUAUGAAUAUCGAUCUUGACAAUCCUCCUCAACACUCGAUUCAAUUAAUUUGUGACGAUCCAUGUGGAGGAAAAGAAUUGGCAAUGGAUAUUGAUUUGGAUUGGAAGCAUGCAAAUAUUGUCAAAGGUAGUGUGGACACUAACAAGAGUAAUUUCAAUAGUUUGGUAGCCUCACAUAUCAUUUCAAUGAUGGAGAAGCAGAAUGGUAGUCCUGACAAGAUUAAAGAGUUGGGAUUAAAGUAUGGUGUAGUUUCAACUCAAACCUCGUAUGUAGUUGUCUCUGAAUCGGGCGAGCCUGUCAAAAACACAAUGCAAAAAAUAUUCGUUGGACAAACAUAUGGUGGUGGAAGAGGAGGAGGUAUCAGAUCAGGUUCUAGAGGUGGAGGAAUGGGUGGAGGAAGAGGAGGAGGAAGAGGAGGAAUGCCAUUAGGAGGAGGAGGAAUAGAUAGAGGACAACCAAUGAAAAGAAUGGUAGCACCACCAGGAGCAAUAGGAAGAGGUGGUCCAAUGAUGUCAUCAUCAACUUCUUCUUCUUCUGUUCAUUACGAAAGUGAGGGCACCUCCUCUAGUACAGAGAAACACACCUUUUCAACAAGAGAUACUAUUAUGGCAACUGCCAAACCAUUACAAAAGUUUAUAGUUACCCCUAGUUCAUUGAAAACAGACGAUCUAUUGUUUAGAUUAAUAUCUUCACAAAAGGCAGUUGGCAAUUGGACAGACCAAUUGAUUGGAUUUGACAAAUUGAUUCUUGCAGCCUUUGAAUCAUCUUGUAAAAAGGUGGUCACUGACCAACAAACAUACAACAAGGUACCAUCCGACGUAUGGACCACUCUCUUGGUACUAGUCAUCAUGAACAAGCAUUACCAAUCUAAAAAGGUGCAAUUUGAUUUGGUUGCUUCCAAAGCCAUCAAAUAUAUUAAAUCAAAUCUAUCAUCUUUUAAAGAUGAUUUUUCUUUUGAUCAAUUAUAUCAACAAUUAUUCACUUCAUAA